GACCGGGAGACCGGGAGACCGGUGCCAUGGCGCCGGACCCCUGGCUGUCCACAUAUGAUUCCACUUGUUACAUCGCCCAAGAGAUUGCCGAGAAAAUCCAGCAACGAAACCAGUGGGAAAGAAGUGGAGAAAGCACAGCCAAGCUCAACGUGGCAAUCAGAGCCUCAUUGCAGAAUCUGAAGGAGAAGAUUGCCCUGCUGAGGGACUCGUUGCUGAGAGCCAGCUCCUCGCACCAGAUCACCCAGCUUGAAGGAGACCGAAGACAGAACUUGCUUGAUGACCUCCUUACGCGGGAGAGGCAGCUGCAGGCAUCCUAUAAGAGAGAGAGUGCAGAACCGGAUAUGAUCAGGUCCAGCCUGAUGCCUGGAGGGCCCAAGCGGGCGGUGACCAGCCCAUGGCUCGUAGAGGAGUCGGAGGAGACACAAGGCCUGGGCUUUGAGGAUAUCCGGCAGCAACAGCAGAAAAUCCUCCAAGAACAAGACGCUGGCCUCGAUGCUCUCUCCUCAAUCAUCAGCCGACAGAAGCAAAUGGGGCAGGAGAUUGGGAACGAGCUGGAUGAACAGAACGAGAUCAUCGAUGACCUCGCCAACCUAGUGGAGAACACAGAUGAGAAACUGCGCAAUCAGGCCAGGCGGGUGAAGAUGGUGGACAAGAAGUCGACCUCGUGUGGGAUGCUGGCGGUGAUCGUGCUACUGCUCAUUGCGAUCGUGGUAGUCGCUGUCUGGCCGAAUAGCUGAUGCGUGGCAAUAGCGGGCCAGUGGUGCCGGCUCCAGUGGGGGAGCAGCUGAGAGAUCCUGGCCUCUUGUGCAUCCAGAAAGCGUCUGGAGCCUGACUCAGCCUGCCCCACGGCCAGCUCCCGGUCCCACAUCCAGCCCUCCAUCCCUCCAUCUCCUGCCCGACCCCGUCAGCCUACCCCAUUCUUUUUGCCGCCCUAAAAGACCGACCCUGCAGCAGAAGCUUAGUUCUUGGUCCCCAUCAGCAGCCAGUAUGAUGCGUUAUCUGGAUGGCCACGGGGUGCAGGCCUCAGAGUGUGGGUGCACCCAGGGCUGGGUUGGGCUCUUGGUGGCUUUGGGCUGGAACCGAUGACAAGGCCCAGUGGAGCAGCAGUGACCUGUGGUUAAGAUUCAGCUGGGCAGCUGCCGUUUGGUUCCUCGAGGGCCUUGGCCAAACUUCCCCACCAGAAAAGGGAGCCCACAGAGGGACACCUGGCAGUGGUGCACUGUUGUUCACCCUGGCAGCUCCCCUGCUCCCAGACCCCACCUUGGUGGGACACUGUUGUUCAACCUAGCAUCCCAGGGCACAGUGUCACCCAAUAAAGAAGCUGUUUCUUUAGGA